AUGGAUAGCAAUAAAAUAAACAUAGAAGAAUAUUUUGAAGAGGCAUAUCAUGGUGAUAUAGACAUAGAAAAACUAAUUAUGAAUGUUAAAAUGGUUAUACUAAGAAAAGGUUAUUUGUUUUCAAGUUUUGAUGAUGCUAACAACAUGUAUGAUAGUCAAGCUAAUGAAGGUGAUAUAUCAAGACUCUAUGAGGAAUUAUUGGCCAAGCAACAGCAAGAUCCUAGCAGAUUUAGAAAACAAUUUCAACAAAGAAAACAUAUCCUCUUAUGUUUAGCUAAAAAAUUUGCUAAAGUUACCACUAAGGGUAGGUCAAAAUCAGUUAGCCAUCAUAAAGAUAAUAUAAAUCAAUGUUUAACACAUAAUAAUG